GCAGAACGAGACUGGGACUGCCGGGCCAAAACCGGUAGAGGCGGCUGGGACCCUGGGGAGCUGAACGGGAGCGGGGGCGACGGGAGCCACAGAUGCUGACCUCUCCAGCCAACAGUGGCCACGCUCACGGGGUGACUCCCGAGACCAGAUGACCUUCAUGUCGAUGGCCACGGUGGUGGCGGCGGUGGCAGAGCCAAAAUGGGUCUCCUCGGCGUGGGGCCGCUCGAUGUGGGUGGUGGCCCUUCUGGGCGUGCUGCUGGGGUCCAUGCUGAUGCUCUUGCUCCCCCUGGGGGCCGUGGAGGAGCAGGGCUCCGCGCUACGGAAAGGCCUCUCCUUGCUGAGGAGCAAGCUCGUCGAUGGAGGGCAGGGGAGCUUUAGCGAGCAGAGCAGCGGGAGCACGGGGCUCAGCGUCACAGCAGGAGGGAUCAGUCUUCGGGUCAAGCCCAAAGCGUCUGCAGAUGUUAAGCUAGAAGCCCGAGCGGCCUUGAACCAGGCCCUGGAAAUGAAGCGGCAGGGUAAGCGCGAGAAGGCCCACAGACUCUUCUUGCAUGCCCUCAAGAUGGACCCUGAUUAUGUGGAUGCGCUCAAUGAGCUGGGCAUCUUCUCUGAAGAAGAGAAAGACAUCCUGCAGGCUGAUUACUUAUAUACCAAAGCACUAACCAUCUCUCCCUACAAUGAGAAAGCUCUGAUCAACAGGGACCGGACGUUGCCUCUGGUGGAAGAGAUUGACCAGAGGUACUUCAGUAUCAUCGACAGCAAAGUUAAAAAGGUGAUGUCCAUCCCCAAGGGGAGCUCAGCACUGCGGCGCAUCAUGGAGGAGUCUUACUACCAUCACAUCUACCACACCGUCGCCAUCGAAGGCAACACCCUCACCCUCUCUGAAAUAAGGCACAUCAUCGAGACCCGCUACGCCGUGCCCGGGAAGAGCCUGGAGGAACAGAACGAGGUCAUCGGCAUGCAUGCGGCCAUGAAAUACAUCAACACCACGCUCGUCUCCAGGAUCGGGUCCGUCACCAUCGGCGACGUGCUGGAGAUCCACAGGCGGGUGCUGGGUUACGUGGAUCCCGUGGAAGCCGGGAGAUUUAGGGCCACGCAGGUGUUUGUGGGUCAUCACGUCCCUCCCCAUCCUCAGGAUGUGGACAAACAAAUGGAGGAGUUCGUCCAGUGGCUCAACUCGGAGGACGCCAUGAAUCUGCACCCUGUGGAAUUUGCCGCGCUGGCCCAUUACAAGCUGGUCUACAUCCACCCCUUCAUCGAUGGCAACGGCAGAACCUCCCGCCUGCUGAUGAACCUCAUUUUGAUGCAGGCGGGCUACCCUCCCAUUACAAUCCGCAAGGAGCAGAGGUCAGAGUAUUACCACGUAUUGGAAGUCGCCAACGAAGGGGACGUGAGACCCUUCAUCCGCUUCAUUGCCAAGUGUACCGAGACCACCUUAGACAUGCUGCUGAUCGCGACCAAUGACCAUGCUGUUGGUUUGCCGGAAGCAAACCCCAACCAUUCUGGAUGCAAACAGACUAUUCCUUCCCCCUUCUUGGGAAGAGGAACAUCUCUGUUAGAGCAGAAGUUGUUGGGAUGCCAGACUGCUCCAUCAUCUCUCCAUCAAGCUGUGAAUCCAGGACCAUCAAAGACUUAAGAAUAUCCUCCCUGACAGAUCACUCCUGAACACCUUCUCUAGAAACAGAUUUUCCAUAGACAUGAUGCUGCGAAAGUACACCUCUGGAUCAGAGGUAAUCGGCUGAUCACAGUCCUCGAGGAAACUUUCCUGCCUCUGGGGCGUGUGCGUCCGGAACCUUCCUCGCCUCUGCCAGCAUCUUUGCUCUUCUGUGCAAUAUCUUCUCCCAAGCCCUUUUCAUCAUGACUACUCAUGAUGGCGCCACCCCAUAAUUGCCCCGUUCACCUUCAGAGAUACCUCAUGCUCAGCGCAGGCAGCGGGCCCUCACGGUUGGGCUGAGGCCUUCCAAACGCUUGGAAGGAAGAAGGUGGUCUUUGUUCCAGGUCCCAAGGCCACGUGUGAAGGGGUCCUGCAGUGGUAGCGGGGCCUUUGUCGGCCAGAAAAUAACCAGGCUCCUUUCUGCCUGUUGACAUCCAUCCCUUCGGUGACCCUUCUGCUUUGUCACUGUGACCCCAUCUUAGCGGUGUCAAGCUUCUGCCUGUUGAACCGCAUAAGCGAUUGUCACAAGGGGACGGCUGUUGGAAGCCUGCACAACUUAACACAUCCCUUCUAGCUUUCUGAAAGGCUAGCUUGGCCCCGGCACACAAAAUCCAGAGGCUCACAACCCUAGGAUUUUUUACAGACCACUGCCAUAAAUUGUUGAAUCUCUUAAACCCUAACUGUACAGUAGAUUUGGUUCUUGUGAACACACCCCAAGGUUAGCUGAACCACUAGACAAAUGCACUUGUUUUUAUACUACAGAAUGAAUGAAUUUGCACUUUAGCUCUAUGUGAAAGAUGUUUCUCUAACAAACUACUUAUUCUAAUAAAGUAUUUUAUUAAAUACA